ACUUCUGGGCGAAGGCAUCCAGCCCAUGUGGGAAGACAACAGAAACAAGCGUGGGGGCCGCUGGCUGCUCAGCCUCGCCAAGCAGCAGCGGCACACCGAGCUGGACCGCCUGUGGCUGGAGACGCUGCUGUGUCUGCUCGGGGAGAGCUUCGGGGAACACGGCCUAGAAGUGUGUGGAGCUGUUGUCAACAUCCGCACCAAGGGGGACAAGAUUGCCGUGUGGACGUGCGAAGCCGAGAACCAGGCGGCGGUGCUGUACAUUGGGCAUGUGUACAAAGAGCGCCUGGGCCUCUCUACGAAGACCAUCAUCGGCUAUCAAGCCCAUGCAGACACUGCUGCCAAGAGCAACUCUUUAGCCAAGAACAAGUUUGUGGUGUGAGGCUGAAUGAGGCUUCAGCCAUCAUUCCUGGGCCUGUCUUACUGCU